GUGGCUUCCAGAUCCACCCGAAGAAACUCAUUGUGGGGCCCACGUGGCUGCGAGGCUGGCGGGGGAACGAGCUGCAGAGGUGCAUUCGUAAGAAGAAGAUGGUGGGAGAUCGGAUGUUUAUAGAGGACUACCACAAACUCACCAAGAGGAUCCGGUACUUGUACAAGCGUUUCAAUCGCACUGGGAAGCACCGUUAG